ACUUCGCUGAAGUUGCCUUCUAUGAUGAAUUUGCACCUUCUGGUGAAGCAACAGUAUCCUGCCCAAGUGGCACUGUUCUGCCAACAUGGAAUGACAUCAAAGAUAAUCCUGAUCUCGACUUACACAGUAUCCUGGAGCAUAAGAAGCAGAAGGAGGCCACAAAGACGGUCCAAACGUGCCCAAAAUGCACCCGAACUAUCAUGCCCGAUGGGAGGAUCGAGUACACUUUGUGAAGGUGCGCGAGGCUUCUCAGCCGUAUGCGAGGUGACCCCAUCGCCAGUAGUGCAACCAUGCCCUCGGAUCAUUCUUUCCUCACCACGAGGAAAGAUACCUUGACUGGUGAACGAGAACUCUACAACAGAGCAGAAUGCCUCACCCUUGAAGUUGGAAAUAAAACAAUUAUCAAGCACUUAGAUUCUUCUGGAGAAAUUGAUCAUCUGAUACCGCCAGACGACUUGCCAACCCUCCAUGAGGCUCAACCAACGCUCACUUCUUUGGAGUCCCUCGAAGUUGUUGAUCUCGGAGAUGACCCAGCAAAUCCCAAGCAAAUGCAUAUUAGUACAACUCUUUCUGUUGAUGAAAGAGUCGCAAAAAGAGUUAAGAUGAUUAACUUGCUGUGGGAAUAUAAGGAUGUUUUCGUCUGGAAUUAUGAUGAAAUGCCAAGGCUUGAUCCAGCUUUGGUGGCACACUUUUUAAAUGUUGAUCCUAAUAUGAAGCCAGUUGUGCAACCAAAUCCUACCUUCCAUCUAGAAGUUACUCUAAAAAUUAAAGAAGAAGUUGAAAAGCUUUUGGCUACAAGAUUUAUCAAGCCAACAAAGAAGCCUACUUGGCUGGCCAACAUUGUACCAGUUCGAAAGAAGAAUGGACAGAUCAGGUGCUGCGUUGACUUUCGUGACCUCAAUAAGGCCUACCCCAAGGACGAAUUCUCUGUACCAAAUAUGGAUGUGAUGAUGGAUAAUACGACUGGUUGUGAAAUGUACUCUCUUAUGGAUGGUAGAAGAGGAUACAACCAAGUUAGCAUGUGCCCUAGCGAUGUAGAGAAGACCGCUUUUCACACUCCUAUUGGCAAUUUUUACUAUGUCAUGCCCUUCGGGUUCAAAAAUGCUAGGGCUACUUAUCAAAGAGUCAUGGUGGCAAUUUUUCAUGAUUUCAUCCACUUGUAUAUUGAAAUCUACAUUGAUGAUAUUGUGGUGAAAUCUAAAAUGAGAUUGGGCCACUUCGAUGUGUUGAGAAAAGUCUUCGACAGAUGCCGCUUGUACAAGUUGAACAUGAACCUAGCAAAGUGUGCAUUUAGUGUCUCCACAGGGAAAUUUCUAAGCUUCCUUGUGAGCGAACACGAUAUUAGUGUGGAUCCCGCCAAGUUUGAGGCGAUCUGAGCUAUGUAGCCGCCUAAGAAUCUUAAACAGCUACGAAGCUUCAUCGGCAAGGUCUUAUAUAUCCGUAGAUUCAUUCCUUCAUUGGCAAAAAUUCUAUUUACAUUUAGCCCUUUAUUGAAGAAAGGAGUUGCUUUCAC